CGCUGCCUAUGCUGGCGGGCCUCCGCUCAUUCUUUCUUCAUUCUGCCUUCAUUCAGCCCUUCUUCUUGUCUCUCGUUCCUCCAUUCUAUUCUUGUCCCGGCUGUGCUAGCUAGGGUCUGCUCACUUUUGCCUCCAGUGUGGCUGGUCCACCGUUGACUUCUCGUUCUUUCGUUCUACCCGCUGGAAUUGUGGUGUUUACUUUCCUUUGCUCCAUUUCUUCUCGCACCAGCGCGGCAUCACCAUGGAGUCCAAUCUGUGGUAUGAGAUGCUCAAUGACACCCUCUGUUAUGCCAAUCUGUGGGUAUUCGCCUGCCUCAUCGCCCUCGUCUUCCUCUGGCAGACCUCUUUCCGCUUUGCCGCCCACCUGCGACGCCUGACCACCUUCACGGACAAGCGCCAAUCCUACCAUCGCGUCCCGAACCAGCGCCUGGCAUGGGUGAAGCGUCAUCUCCUCUAUGCGCCGCUGCUGCACAACCGACACAAUCGUGAAUGGCAGCUGUCGCGCGCCGUCAACAUGGGCACUCUCCCUAGCCGCUUCCACACCUUACUAUUGACCACCAUCAUCGUCAUGAACGUGGUGCUGUGCACCAAUACCGUGCCAUAUGGAUCCACAGAGUCGACGGUCGCCGAGCUGAUCCGGAACCGCACCGGAUACAUGGCCACCGUCAAUCUGUUCCCGCUGUUCGUCAUGGCCGGGCGCAAUAACCCCCUGAUUCGGCUGCUGCAUGUUCCGUUCGAUACCUGGAAUCUGCUGCAUCGAUGGCUGGGCCGGAUCGUGGUGCUCGAGGGCCUGGCUCAUAUCAUUGCGUGGGGCGUGCCCAAGGUGCAAACCUAUGGAUGGUCAACUGCCUUGGGGACCCUGAAGAAGCCCUUUAUGUUUAACGGUCUCAUGUGCCUCGUGGCCAUGGUGAUCAUCUUCUUACAGUCCCCGUCCCCCAUCCGACACGCCUUCUACGAGACCUUUCUGCAUCUCCAUAUUGUCUUGGCCGGCGUGGCGGUCGCCUUUCUCUGGCACCACGUCUACCGCUACUCGUGUCGCUACUAUCUGUAUGCCGCAGUCGCCUUCUGGGCUCUUCAGUGGCUGGCGCGGUUCCUGAUCCUCCUGUACCGCAACUACGGCUUUGGCCGGCGUACCACAGCGUAUCUCGAAGCUCUGCCCGGCGAUGCAGUCCGCGUCACCCUACAACUCGCGCGUCCCUGGACGUUUUCGCCGGGCCAGUACUGCUAUCUCUACAUUCCCAAGUUCGGGUGGAUCACGUCGCAUCCGUUUUCGGUUGCGUGGGGUGAAACCGGCCAGACCUUGCUGGGUUCGUACAACGAAAAGAUGGCCGAGGUGGAAGCAGGCGCGGAGACGAACUCCCCCGGUCUGGGGUGCAAAGUCACCUCCAUCUCCCUGCUGAUCCGGCGACGGACGGGCUUCACCGAUAAAUUGUUUAAGGAGGCCUACGCCCAUGGUCGGCUCCAGCUCCCGUUCGACCAUCUGGGCCGGGGCUCAGGCAGUACCCGGCGGUCGUCGAUGUCGGAAUUCCCCUCGGCUGCUCUGAAAGUCAAUGCCCUCGUCGAGGGCCCGUACGGCAAUCUCCACACGCUGGAUUCCUACGGCACGGUGCUGCUCUUCGCGGGCGGCGUCGGCAUCACCCAUUGUAUGCCGUUCAUCCGCCACCUGGUGCAGGGUCACAGCGACGGCACGGUGGCCGCCCGCCGGGUGACUCUCGUGUGGAUUAUUCAAUCACCCGAGCAUCUGGACUGGAUUCGACCGUGGAUGACCACGGUGCUGAGCAUGGAGGGCCGCCGCGAUGUCCUGCGGAUUCAGCUCUUCGUGACGCGUCCGCGGAACCCUCGCGAGAUCAAGAGUCCGAGCGCGACCGUCCAGAUGUUCCCGGGACGGCCGGAUGUGGACACGCUGAUCCAGAUGGAGGUGGAGCAUCAGGUCGGGGCCAUGGGGGUGCUGGUGUGUGGCCAUGGGGGAUUGAGCGAUGAUGUCCGGCGGGCGUGUCGCCAGCGGCAGGGGGGGAAGGAGCUGGACUAUAUCGAGGAGAGUUUUACCUGGUAAGCAUGCCUCGGUGGAUAACAUGGUUUGUGCCUCCUCGUUCAAUGCCCCUACGAUCAUGACUGGCUCAAUGCACCUCCUGAGAAUGUAGGCAAGCAGGGGGAUGUUGUGUGGUGCUGGACCAUGUAGUAGACGUCUGAAUAGAUUCUCGGCUGUCCUUAGCCAGCCGUCAGGGUGCUGUGUACUACUGCGUACUGCCCUUGGAGUGUAACAAGCCACAGCACCCCAAGGUUGUCUGGUCAAGAUAAUGCUUGGUCCAUAUGUAAUCC